AUGAAUGAAAAUAAUAAUAAUGACAAGAAGCACUUUGUGCUGGUGCACGCUCGUGAGCCUACUGAAGCAGGACAACCGGCACAGGGUCACCGCCCUAGACCUCGCUGGCUGUGGGGUCCACUCGAGCCAGCUCCACCAGAUUUUCUCCUUUUCCGACUAAGCCCGACCGCUUAUGGACUUUCUCUCUCGUCUCUCCCAGACGACGAGCGGGUCAUUUUGGUGGGCCAUAGUUACGGUGGAAUCUCAAUUUCCGUAGCGGCCGAGACUUUCCCCGGUAAAGUGUCAUUGGCCGUGUUCGUCAUGGCCUACAUGCCUAAUUGCACGGACCCCCCUGGCGAUUUCGUUCGGAAGUUUGUGAAGAGGACCUCGGACGAGUCGUCGUUUAUGGAUUGCGAGUUUGUGUUCGAUCCGGAAUUUGGAGAGCUGCCGAUUUCGGCAGCCUUCCGAGUGGAUGACAUGGCAGGAAAUUGCCAAUUAGAGGAUGUGGAAUUAGCGAAAAUGCUGUUGAGACCGAGUUUGUCCUUCGCGAAGGAUUUGAGCAAGCCAGGUUUGUUGUCCCAAGAUAGGUAUGGUAAAAUCAAACGUUGUUAUGUAAUAUGCGAGGAAGAUGAUGCCUCGAGUGUGGAGUUUCAGAGGCACAAUAUCGAGGAAAAUCCGCCAGACGUCGUGUCCAUAGCCGAGGCUGGCCAUAUGGUCAUGUUUACGAGGCCUCAAGAGCUCUGCCAUUGCUUGCUGGAGUUAGCUGAUAAAUAUGAUUAG